AUGAACUCGCCGCCAAACUCAUUCUCUCGCCAAUCCGAUGGCUCUAAUACCUCGAAACGAAGGGAUGGCGCUGGAAAAGACCAACAUCUACCUAUCUCCCGCCAUAUGGUACCCCCAUCUCCAGCGUCUUCGACGACAUCUCCCCUGGCUGUAGGCUCGACACACGAAGCGGCUCUUAUACAAAGCAUUGAGCGAGGCGAUUACGCGACCGACGACGAUGAGACACGGAGCCUUACCGAUAGCAUACGACAGCACAUUGUAGAGGGUGGUCUGCGGUAUCAUAGCUACCAUGCAGGAAAAUAUCUCUUCCCUAAUGACGAGGCCGAGCAAGAUCGAGAAGAGCUCAAGCAUAACUUGACUGUGUAUCUGUGUGAUGAUAGACUGUUCUUUGCGCCAAUUGAGCAGCUAUUGGAAAAGGGAGCUGAAGUGCUCGAUCUGGGUACAGGAAUUGGAAAAUGGUGUGUCGAGCUUGCCGAUAUCUAUCCCAACUCGCAAUUUCACGGCAUGGACCUUUCACCUAUACAGCCAGACUGGGUCCCAGAGAAUGCCAUUUUUGUUGUCGACGAUAUAGAGCACGAAGCUGGCUGGACCUAUGGAGACGAAACAUUUGAUUACAUUCAUAUACGCCACACAGUUCAUUCGAUCAAAGACCGAGAGUUGCUCUGGGAACGAAUCUUGAGACACCUUAAACCAGGAGGUUACGUAGAAAUACAGGAGUUUAACUACAUUGCAGCUUGCGACGACAACUCAUGCGACGGUCCAUACGCUUGGCGGGACUAUUGCAGAUAUCUCUACGAAGGCAUGCUAGCUCUCGGCACAGACCUCCACGGCAUCAGUUACGUGGAGCACGAACUGCACGAAGCAGGCUUCGAAAACAUCACAACCAAAGGCUACAAGUGCCCAGUUGGGCCAUGGGCGAAGAAAACACGACUUCAAGAGUGUGGCCAUAUUUUGCGAGAUGUUAUUUUGUGGGGUCUCGUUGGUCUUUCUCGAAAACCGUUUCGUGAUGGUCUCGGCUGGACAUUGAUCCAGAUCGAGAUGUUCCUCGUCGAAGUUCGCAAGGCAUUGACUCAGGAAGUCAAUGGCUUACCCAGGUUCCAUACUUAUUUCCCUUACUACAACAUUCACGCUCGGAAGCCUCUGAAUUCGCAGAGGCCCAUCAGGGAAGACGCUUGA